GACUAAAAUCGCGUAAAAUGGUCAUUAAUUUCGUCCGAUUUCUCCUUUCUCGCCGCAGAACUGUUCGCCAAGUACACCUGCACCAACUGCCAGGAGGACAUCCCGGGAAUCCGGGUCCACUGCGUCGUUUGCGCCGACUUUGAACUCUGCCUAGCGUGCUUCUCGGCCGGCGCCGAAAUCGGCCAGCAUCGCAAUGAUCACGCCUAUCAGUUUAUGGACUCGGGCAUUCUGUCCAUUUACCGCGGCAAGGGAGGCUGGUCCGCGCGGGAGGAACUGCACCUGCUGGAUGCCAUCGAGCAGUACGGCUUCGGCAACUGGGAGGACAUAAGCAAACACAUCGAAACGCGCACCGCUGAGGAAGCGAAAGAUGAGUACGUCACACGGUUCCUGCAGGGAACGGUCGGACGGCACACCUGGGCCCCGGCCAUCGACCAGCGGCCCCAGCUGACCGAUCACACCUCGGACGACACCGGACCGCUCAGUCAGCUGUUGAUCCAGAAGCUCCCGCCAAUGGAUUGCUCCAACGAGGAAGCGACCGCCCUCGGGUACAUGCCCAAUCGGGACGACUUUGAGCGCGAGUACGACCCGACGGCGGAACAGCUGGUGUCCACGCUGUCGCUCUCUCCGGACGACGAGGACGUCGACAUGCUCCUAAAGCUCGCCCAAGUAGACAUUUAUACGCGCCGGCUGCGCGAGCGUGCCCGGCGGAAGCGCGUCGUCCGAGACUACCAGCUGGUGGCCAACUUUUUCCGCGGAAACGCCAAACGGGCUCGCAUGAGUCGCGAUCAGCGCGAGUUCCGCGAGCGGUUGCGGACGUUCUCGCAGUUUUACACGUCGAUGGAGUUUGAGCGGCUGAUCAACUCGCUGGAGCGCGAGCGUGGACUGCGCAUUCGCCUUUCCGAGCUGAACCGGUACCGCUGGAACGGACUGCAGCGGAUGGACGAGUGCGUGCACUUUGAGCAGCAUGCGGCCGCCGCUCAGCACAGGAACACGGGCCCGUACGGGCAUGGCAGGACGGACAACCGAAGCAAAGGCGGCUCAUGCGAGACAAGCAAGGGAUCCUCGGCGUUGUCCAGCUCGCAGAUAGCAAGAAGAAGCGAAAGCGACGCCCGAAGCUCAAGUUCCACCGGCCAAAGGCACACGCACCCCACCGACGACCGGGUCUCCUUCGACGGCUCAUUCAGCAGCAGAAACUUCUCGGAUAGCUCACGGGGAACGGAUGCCGCGAGGCAUCCACCGAACCACAACCAUCAGCAGCACAGCCAGUCGCAUCCGGAUCAUCAUCAGCUGCAGCAACAACAGCAGCCCGGCGGACAGCUGCUCACGUCAAACGAGCUUCAGCUGUGCAGCUCCCUUAAUCUGCCCGUGACGCGCUAUCUCAGCCUGAAGACGGUGCUGCUGGGGCGACCGUCGCUCGACCACGGCAUCAGUUCCGUGGCUGAGACGAUGGUCAAAAAGUAUCUGAUCCGGUCGGGCUGGCUGCAGACGAGUCCGCAAAAUUAAGGGGUGAUGUGCUGAUGCAAGUAAAUGAUCUCAAAUUCUGGUAGAUGUGAGAGGUGCACGGAUUUUCUGAUUAUUUUUUUACGAAACUAGCUUUAGAAUUACAGAACAAACAGUAAUCAUUGUCGUCGCGGUAGACUAAGUAACUGCCACUCGGUGUAGCACACUGCAAGUGCGCACAGACAACCUUUCCAAUCGUUCAAUAGCAAGCCAUUUGGAUAUAAAAAUAUGAAUCUUACUCGAGGAAUAAUCGUUGUAACAAUUUAAUCAAUAGUAUCAACAGUUUUAGAAAGGAGCGUUCCCAUGCUCUUUACUGGGUAAUUUUGAAGGGGAGAAAUGUAAGAAUUAGCUAUCAAAUUUAAAAAAGGUAGAUGUUACUACUGCUACUCAAACAUCGUUAGAUGUUUAAAACUAGAGGAAAAUAGUGUGUAAAUAGUCAAUUUAAUAAAUUAUUGUCGGAAAACGAAACAAA